AUGCAUUUAGGUAUACAAUCAACAUUGUGUGUUGUAUUUGUUUGUCCAAUAUGGUGGUCUUGGUUAAGACAAGCAUCAUCUUCGAAUUCAUCAAAAAGUAAAACAACAAGUGAACAAAAACAUUUGAAACAACAAUAUUUACCAAAACAAGCAUUAAUCAAUAUACAUCUAUUUAAUUCUCAGGGAUGUGAAUCCUUCUUUAGAGAUGCAAGAUCGUUAAGUGGCUCAUUCUCAACAAUGGUCAACUUCACUAUCCGCAACUUUAUUCGACGUUCACAAAAACUAUCAAUAUUAAAUCAAUUCAAAUAUGAACAAUCUGAACAUAAUCUAUUUUUUCCCAUGCAUCACAAACACAAGCGUGAUGAUUUAUGA